AUGAACCCAGGAUCAGACCAGAACAGACCAGACUCAGAACAGACAGAACAGACCCCAGAAGUGCAAGACUUCAGACCCAGAUCUUGGCCAGCAGACAGAUACCAGACAGAAGGACCAGCCCCAGACAGACAGAACGAAGGCAGACAAGAGAGACAGACCCCAAGAAACCAGAACAGCAGACCAAGACCAGACCCCCAGAGACCCCGACCGAACAGACAGACCCAGACCCAGAACCAGACAGACAGACCCCCCCGGCCAGAACAGACUGCAGAACCAGGAACAGACAGAACAGACCAGAACCGAGACCAGGACGCAGGUAGAACAGACUCCAGGGCAGAACAGACCCCCAGAUCCAGAACAAAUCCAGACCCAGACAGAAAGACCCCCCCAGAACAGAUGCCAGAACAGAACCCAGACCAGAAUUCCCCCCAGACCGCAGCAGAACCAGAACCAGAAACGUCCCCCAGACCAGACCAGCAGAACCCCCACAGACAGACCCAGAACAGACCCAGUACCGCAGAACCCUUCCCAGAACCAGAACCAGAACAGACAGAAAGAAUCCAGACCCAGACAGCAGACCAGACCACCAGACCCCAGAACCUCCAGAAGGACAGAGACAGGCAGACAGCCAGAACAGAAGACAGAACAGAACUGCCCCAGACCGGAACCUCUCAGACCAGACGAAUCAGAACAGAAAGCCAGACAAGACAGCAGGGAGCAGACAGAACCCAGAAGUUUUGUCAGACAGACAGACCAGCAGAACCACAGAGUCCCAGAUUUCAGCAGACCCAGAAGACCCCAGAACCCCGGUUGGUCCAGCCCAGAACAGAUCAGAACCGAACAGACAGACCAGACUGGGCAGCAGCAGAACCGCAGACACAGACAGACAGAAGCAGAGUUCAGACCCCCAGAGAAGACCAGACAGACCAGACAGACCGACCCCCCACAGACCAGACAGAAACCCCAGACCCCCCAGACCAGAACAAGGCCAGAACAGACCAGACAGACCCCACAGACCUCAGCACCAGACCAGAAGGAACAGAACAGACAGACCCCCAGACAGCCAGACCCCCCCAGACAGAAGACCCCAGAAGAACUCCCAGAACCAGCCAGACAGGACACCACAGGUCAGACAGACCGUGUGGUCAGAACAGAACAACAGAAUCAGAACCCAGAGAACCCAGACAGAAGACAGAGUCCCGCCAGAAAAACCCGGUCAGCCCAGGAACAGGAAUAGACCCAGAACCCGACCAGAACCCCCAGCAGAACAGAACCAGACCAGAACAAGCACCAGAAGACCUCAGACAGAAUAGAACCAGAAAAGAACAAGAAUUCCCAGCCAGACAGAAAGCAGAAGGACCAGAACCAGAUUCAGAACCAGGACAGACCCAGACAGCACGAACAGGACCAGAACAGACCAGACAGAACCCCAGAACCCCCCCCACACAGCCACACCAGAACCAGACAGACAGGAAUCAGACCAGACCCCCUCAGCCAGACAGACAGGACCAGACCAGAAUCAGAGUUUGUCCCCCCAGAAUUCAGCACAGAACCAGAAAAGAACCAGAACCCCACGAACCAGACCCCCCAGAACAGCCCCGACCAGACAGACAGACCAGACAGCCCCCAGGAAGUCCCCACAGAACAGACAGACCCAGCCAGCCAGCAGACAGCCCAGAACAGACACCCCUGCAGACAGAAUUUACUCCAGCCAGACCAGACAAGACCCCAGACCAGACCAGAAGACCAGACCCAGCCCCCAGACCAGACAGACAGAACGAACCCAGAACAGAACAGAAAGACCCAGAACCACAGGACAGAGUGUGGUCCAGACCCAGAACAGACCAGACAGAUCGUGCCAGAACCCAGGAACCAGCCAGACCAGACACAGACCCAGAACAGAUGUUUUCAGAACCAGCCAUAGCAGAAGCAGAACAGACCAGACCAGACCCCAAACCAGACCAGAACAGAACCAGACCAGACCUGGGUCCAGCCCAGACCAGAAAGACAGUUUUUUGCAGCAGACAGACAGCCUCCAGCACCAGAAGCAGCCUUUCAGAAGUGUUGUCAGACAGAACAGACCCCCCAGACCCCCCAGAACCCAGACAGAACAGACAGCAGAAUGCUUCCCCCAGAACAGCAGAACCCCCGAUCCAGCCAAGAAAGACCACAGACCCCGACAGACAGAAAACAGCCCAGACAGCAGAUGCCAGCGUACAGAACCAAGAAAGACCAGACCAGAGCAGACAGACCAGCAGAACAGACCAGACGCAGGACUUGCCAGAACAUAAAGGACAGACCAGACCAGACAGAACCAGACAGAAGACCAGCAGACCAGACAGAAUCAGACCCAGCACAGACAGACCCCCCAGAGUGGCAGACCCAGAAGACCAGAACAGACCAGACAGGAACGACCCCAGAAAGGAAGAACCAGAACAGGCCCAGACCCCAGAAUUCAUGACAGAAUUGGCUCCAGAACCUCCCAGGGCCCAGACCAGCAGGACCCCUGCAGCAGAACAGACAGCCCCAGAAAGAACAGACCCAGACAGAACAGCAGACCCAGAACAGACCCAGACCAGAACAGAACAGACCCAGGACCAGACAGACCCCCAGGCCGGCAGAACAGGUGGGCAAGAACCACCCAGAACAGACAGGUCAGACCCAGAAAGAGAGCAGAAACAGACAGACCAGACAGACAGACCAGACCAGACCAGACCCCCAGAAGACAGACCACAGACAGACCCGCAGACCAGAAAGAAACCAGAAGACUUGUCAGAACAGAACCCAGCAUCUAGACAGCAGAACCCAGACAGACCCAGAUUCAGAACAGACAGAAUUCCAGACAGACAGACCGACAGACGAACCAGAACAGACCCAGAACAGAACAGAACCAGGAACCAGACACCAGACCAGACCAGAUUUCCAGACAAGACCCCAGAAGACAGACAGCCAGACCAGACAGCCCAGACAGGACCAGCAGAAGACCAGAACCCUUGGCAGACAGACCCCAGACAGACCAGAACCGAAUCCCACAGAACAGGACAGCCAGCAGAUGUCAGGAACAGCCAGCAGAAACAGACAGACCAGAACCAGAACAGACAGCAGAAACCCCCGUUGCAGGACCACGCAGAACCAGACAGACAGCCCAGACAGAACCAGACCCCCAGCAGCCCCCAGAACCAGAAACCAGCCCGACCAGACAGACAGACAGCCCAGAAUUGCCCCAGAACAGAAGACAGCAGAACAGAAACAGAAUCAGAGAAGAAGAAACCCAGAUUUGCCAGACCCCCCAGGACCAGACAGGACAGACCCAGAACAGCAGACCCAGAACCAGAACAGAACAGAAGCCAGACAGACUGGUGUUGCCCACCAGCAGACCAGAAGCAGACAGAAAGAAUCCCAGGAACCAGAACAGAAAAGAACCAGAACCAGCCAGACAGAAUUCCAGACCAGAAGACAGACAGACAGUCAGGAAUUCCAGACACGCCAGAACCCAGUAACCAGACCCAGACCCAGGACCCCAGAGGGUUCCAGAACAGACAGGACCAGACAGAACAGACACAGACAGACCAGAAGACCAGACCCAGACCCCCCCCAGACCAGAACAGACAGACGACAGAACCACCCCCCAGACCCAGACUAGACAGAACUCAGCCAGCCCCACCCCCUCCAGACCGUGCCAGAUCAGACCAGACCAGACCCACAGGUAAUUCCCCCCCCCAGACCCCCAGAAAGGGCAGCAGAACAGACACCAGAACGUUGUCCCAGACAGACCAGAGGCCAGCAGACAGAAACCAGAACAGACCAGGCCAGACCCAGAACCAGACAGAACCAGCAGAACCCCCCCCCAGAUUCAACAGAACAGGACAGACCCAGACAGAACCGACCCAGGGGGGGAACGGCAGAGACUUCCCCUGUGCCCAGAACCAGACAGAUUGUUUCAGAACAUGUACCAGAACGGAACAGGAACAGAUCCAGCAGACCAGCAUUUGGGUGGCCAGGAUCCCCCCCAGAACAGACAGACAGAACAGAACCAGACAGGCUGGCCCAGCCAGAAGAACAGAACAGACCCAGACCCAGACAGCAGAAGACAGAAGAAUUCAGAAUCAGACCACCAGACCGGACAGACAGAGAAUCAGAACAGAAGACAGCACAGAACAAGAACCAGAAUCAGCCAGAACAGACCCAGACAGACAGAACAGAACAAGAACAGACCCCAGACCCCAGAAUCCAGAACCAGAACAGACACCAGACAGACCCAGACCAGAAUCAGACAGAACCCCCAGGACAGACAGAACAGCAGGACCGACGCAGAGGGAAUCAGAACAGACAGAACAGGAAAGCAGAACCAGGCAGAACAGACAGCAGAAGCAGAAUCAGCCAGGAACAGACAGACCAGACAGAACUGGCAGCCAGACAGACAGAACACAGAACGCAGAACCAGACAGAACACCCAGACCCCCCCCUAAGAACCCAGCAGACCAGCCAGGAACCGACCCAGAGCAGACAGACCCAGACAGAAACCCCAGCAGACAGCAGGACCAUCAGCGCAGACAGACAGAACCAGAAUUCAGAACCCAGAACCCAGACAGCCCUUCCACAGACAGACACCAGACAGAACAGACCCCCCAGAGAAAUCAGCAGACCACAGGACGCAGACAGAACCCCAGAAAGGACCCCCAGACAGAACAGACCAGAACAGACCCCCCCAGACCAGACAGCCCCAGCAGAAUCACCCAGAACCACAGACAGAACAGCCCAAGAAGCCCCAGAGCUCCAAAGACAGAAUGGUCCCAGACUCCAGAAAGACAGAAUUCAGACAGAACCAGACCCAGAACGGGGUCAGCAGAAACAGAGCAGACAGCAGACCCCCCAGACCCAGCAGACCCCAGACAGAAAGACGCCCCCCCCCCCAGAACCCGGUCAGAACCAGAUGCAGACGACCCAGCAGAAUUCCCCAGAACAGACCUGUGCGAGAACACAGAUCAGAAUUCAGACCAGACAGACAGGAAAGACAGACAGAACCCCAGAACAGAACAGACCCCAGGACAGACAGACCCAGACCAGACCAGACCAGACCAGACCUCAGAAGAAGCAGCAGAACGGUCAGGAACCAGACAAGCCAGACCCCUCCAGAAUUCAGACCAGAGUCCCAGAACCCAGAACCACAGACCAGAACCAAGGCGCAGAGCCAGACCCAGACAGGGCAGCCAGGACAGAACAGACCAGACAGACCCCAGAACAGACAGACAGAACAGACCGCAGACAGAACAGACCCCAGACAGAACCAGCAGAUCCCCCCAGAUCGGUCAGACAGCAGCAGAACCCAGAACAGAACAGAUUUCAGAACCCAGGCAGACCCAGAACCACUCAGCCCCCAGGCGAAAUCAGACCAGCAGAGAAUCAGACAGUGACCAGACAGACCCCAGAACAGACAGACCCAGCAGACAGCAGAAUACCCCAGAACCCAGGGAAAGACCAGGACAGAAGACAGAAUUCAGAACGACAGACCAGGCAGACCCAGACAGCCCAGACCAGAUAGACCCAGACAGAGACAUUGGUGGCAGGACCCAGAACAGACAGACAGAACAGACCACCAGGAACAGAUUCCCCAGACAGCAGAACAGACCCCAGCAGAACCAGACAACAGAACCAGAAGAACUCAGCCAGGACCCGUUCCCAGAACAGGAACAGGAACAGACAGACAAGACCAGGACCAGACAGCAGCCAACAGAACAGCAGACAGACAGACCAGAAAAGCCCCAGACAGACCCAGACAGCCCAGGACCCCAAGAAAGAGCAGCAGAAGCAGACAGAGUCCAGAAUCCCAGACCCCAGAAAGAACUGUUCAGCCAGAAGCAGCCAGAACAGAACAGAACAGAAGACCAGCAGACAGAAAAGACCAGACAGAAAGAACCCCCCCCCCAGGCCAGCAGACAGAACAGCAGAAUUUCCAGCCACACGAAGAACGUCCAGAACAGACCAGACAGACCAGACAGAAAGACCCCCCCAAGCAGCCCUGCAGCAGACCCAGAACAGCAGAAGGCAGACAGAACUUUCCCCCAGAAAGCCAGACCAGAACCCAGACAGCCCAGAACAGACCAGCCAGAACAGAAGAACCCCGGGGAGAACAAGCAGCCCAGCAGACAGCCAGACCCCAGAAGAUGCCCCAAGCCUAGAACAUUUCCCCCCAGAACGGCAGACAGACCACAGAAGAACCUUCAGACCCAGCCCAGGACAGAAUUUCAGGGAAGACAGCAGAACAGACAGAACCCAGACAAGACGCAGAACCAGACAGACCAGACCAGAACCAGACAGACCAGAACAGCAGAGACCCCAGAACCAGACAGCAGACCAAGACCCAGACAGGACACCCAGAACAGAGACAUUUGGUUUCCCCGCAGCCAGACAGAACCCCAGAAAGAACCAGAACCCAAGAGGUGUGGUUCAGACCAGACCCCAGAAUCCCAGAUCAGACAGACCCAGCCAGAACAGAAAGACAGAACAGAGGCCAGAGAUUCUCAGACCAGAAACAGAAACAGACAGAAUCAGACAGCCCCAGAAAAGAAUUCCAGCAGAGCCGGUGCCCCAGAACAGCAGACAGAACAGACAGAACCAGACCAGAACAGACAGGAACCCCAGACAGCCCCUCCCAGAACAGAACAGACAGACCAGACCAGAACCAGUUGGCCAGAACCAGACGAAACCAGCAUACAGACCAGACCACCAGGGUCCCCCAGACACCCAGACAAGACCCCAGACAGGCGUCUAGCAGAACAGACCAGACAGAACAGACCCCAGAAACAGAAGAAUUCAGAACGGUGCAGAAAGUCGAAACCGACAGCAGCCAGGAGCAGACAGACCCCAGACCCAGAACAGGACAGGACACCAGCCCAGACCAGAACCCCCAGACAGAACAGACAGCCCAGAAGCAGAACGCGCCCCCAGACAGACCUCAGAAUGCAGACCAGCAGGAGCCCCAGAAGACCAGGCCCGCCAGAAAAAAACAGAACACCCCCAGAACGGCGGGCCCAGAACAAAAGAUGCCCAAAACAGAACAGACCCAAAAACCCAGCCAGACAGCAGAAGCAGACCCAGAAACAGACCCAGCGGGAAAGAAGACAGAAAAAAAAAGGAAAAGAACCAAAACCCCGAACCAGAAACCAGAAAAGAACACCCCAGCCCCCAAAAAAACCCAAGAAAGCAGAAAAGAAACAGAACCAGAAAAAAUCCGGCGAGCAGCCAAAGACCAAACCAAAGGAAAAGAAAGAACAGAAAGAAACAGAAGAGAACAGACCCCCAAAGGCCCCAGAGAACAGAAAAAACAAAAAACAAAAACCCAGCCCCCAGAAACAGAAGCAGCAAAAAGGAAAAAACCCCAAAAGACCCAGAAACCAAAACAGAAAACAGACCCGCCAAGAAGAACAAAAACCCCGCCAGCCCCAGAAACCAAAACCCCCAAAGCGGAAACAGAAAGACCCGCGCCCAGGAACAGAAAGAAGAAGACAAACCCCAGACCAAAAACCCCAGCCCCCAAGACCAAAAAAGAAAGCCCAGAAAAAGACAGACCCGCAGAACCCAGAAAAGAAAAGAAAGGCAGAAAAAGAAAGACCAAAACGAGAAGCCAGAAAAAAACCCAGCCCAAAGAAGCCCCCAAAACCCCCGGGCAGCCCAGCCCCAGCAAAAACAGAAAGCCAGAAAACAGAAACAGAAAAAAGAACAGCCAAAAACAGCCAACCAGACCACAAGCCAGACACCAGCAGAACAGAGCAGACAGACAAGACACCAGACCAGGAUCCACACACAGGGGGGCCCAGACUGCAGACUCCCAGCCAGGGACAGACAGCAGCACCAGACACAGACUCCCGAAAGACACACAGACAGACUCCCCAUCAGGGCAAGGACAGACAAGACCAAGGCACCAGAACAGACAGACCAGCACAGACCCCACAGUACCCCAGACAUCAUCAGACAGCCACAGCCCACCAGGACUGCAGCAGACAGACCAUGGCAGAGCAGCAGAAUCACCAGGCCAGCCAGCAAGACCCCAGAUACCCAGACAGAGCCCCACACACACACAGCCCCACACCAGGCAGACACCACACAGACAGAAGACUAGCCAGAAUCAGACACAGCAGCCAGACAGCCACAGCCAGCCACACACCGGCAGCAGACAUCAUUGGCAGACUGCCACAGCACAGCCCACAGCAGUCAGACAGCCUGCACAGACUGCACACAGCAGACGCCAGAUCAACGACAGCAGGGCCAAGACACAGAGUGAUGCACAGAAAGACCACCCCAGACAGACCCAGACAGGACAGACAAGUCCACAGCAGACCCAGGGGACGCAGGACCAGACUCAGACCCCCAGACAUCCGACCACAGCAGCACGGGACAGCAGCAACAGACUGCAGCCCACAGACAGACCAGUCAGGGACCACAGCAGACCCACCCCAAGCAGCAGCAGACACACAGACCCCCAGCAGACCAGGACCAGAUCAGGCCAGAACACAGGCCGACAGCCACAGAACCCAGCCAGCAGGUACAGGUUCAGACCACCACACACCACACAGAACAGACACACCCACACAAGUCAGACGGACAGGCCAGCAGAAAGAUCAGACCCACAGACCAGCAGCAGCAGACACAGCACAGACCCAGCCAGCAGACAUCAGAACAGCACCCACAGCAGACGUACCCCCCAAAAAAAAGGGGGGGGGGGGGGCAGACCAGCCAACAGACAGCAGACCCACACCAGUAACACCAGAUACCACGCACCAGCCACAGACCCCCAGCAGGCCAGCCCCCAGCAGGACAGCAGCAGAAAGACGAUCACCCACAGCAGACACAGCCCAGCAGGACCCACCCAGACCAGACUUCAGACUCACACAGCAGGCAGACCCAGACACACCAGACAGCAAGCAGCAGAACACCACAGAUCCGACUGCUCCAGACCCCAGACUCAGACAGGGACCCACAGAACACCACCACAGACAGCAGACACACACCAGACCAGGAAGGAUCAUAAGGACCACGACAGACAGCAGACACAGAGCACAUCAGAACACAGACCCAGACCAGUGCAGACCAGCACCACACAGACGGCGUCAGCCAGACACCAGACAGACAGACAGCAAGACACAGGCAGAACAGGGACCACCCACCACCACAGACAACAGACACAGGCAUGCCAGACUGCCACGCACAGACAAGGACCAGGACCACCACAGACCAGAGCAGACCAGAGCCAGCACAGACCAGUCACAGACCAGACCAGCAAGACCACACACCCAGAACACAGGCCAACAGUCACGCCCCAGGCACAGAAGAAGCCAGAUCAAAGAGCAGGACCCCCACACAGAUCACCACAGCAGCCAACACACAGACCCACACACCAGCACAGUCCACAGACAGACAGACCAGCAGCACGAUCAGCCCAGACAGGACCAGCUCCCAGACCAGACAGGAAACACCAGGCCAGGCAGAGCCAGACCACCCAGUCACCACAGGACACACCCAGACCACAGCACACCAGGCACAGACACCCCACAGACCAGCCACCAGGCAGACCAGCAGACACCACCACAAAGCCGGCCACCAGACAACCCCAGACCCAGACAGCCAGGAAACAGAAUGCUCACACACCCAGGACCCCCAGAGGACAAGCACCCCAGCAUCAGAUUCACAGCAGACAGACCACCCGACGUUUGGAGCACCAGACGGAUUCCGACACAGGACACAGGCCCCACACAAACACCAGACACAGCACCAGGACAGGAACACCUCCGGCCACAGCAGACAGACAGAAGAACACACAGGAAUCCCCAGAAAGCACCCAGACCACACCACCAUCAGGCAGCCCACCCCAUUGAGCAGACGCAGACAGACAGACACCAGGCAGGACAGACCCAGGCAGGCACCCAGACAGACAGUCAGGGAUCAGACAGCCAGAAUGCACACAGCAAGCAGACCCCCCACCACACCAGAUCAGCAGCCAGCAGACAGCAUCAGACAGAUCACAGACCAGACAGACCACACAGCAGCAGACACAGCACAGCAGGCAGACCCAGGACCAGACAGCAACACAGCCAGCAGACAGACUGCCAGAUCAGAGACGGCAGUCAGAAAGACAGACAGACACCCAGCACAUCAGACCACCAGGCCAGGAUCAGAGUGCUGUACAGCAGAACACCAGACCAGGCAGAAGACACAGGCAGCACAGCACAGACACCCACACACACACACAGACUGCCAACACAGACAGCAGAUCAGAACAGCAGACCACAAGGCCAGCAGACUCAGCACACCACCAUCAGACCAGACAGACACCCACCCAGGACAACCACCCCACAAGACCAGACACAGCAGGACACAAGAAGGGCACACACAGACCAGAGCACACACAAGACACAGACACUAGACAGCAGGACUCCCCCGACAGUUCAGGCACAGGACAGACAGGCAGCAGCCAGACUUGCCACAGGCCAAGGACGUCGCCCCCAGCCCAGAAACAGAAUCAGACAGACCAGACAUCAGACACCACAGACACACACACAACAGCACCAGACCCACACAGGACCCACAGCAGAAGCACCAGACCACAGACACAGACAGGACCCAGACCAGCAGACACACCGUCAGACGGACAUCAGACCAGACAGACCACCACCUCAGCAGGAUCAGGCAGCGCACCACCAACCCCACAGCACAGACAGCAGACAGCACAGGGGCACACACAGCAGACAGACAGACCCACAGACCAGACGUCAGUACCAGCACACAGACCACCAGGAUCAGAUGCAGUCAGCAACCCAACCCAGGACACGGCAGACGCAGAAAAGCGCCACAGGAUCAGACCCAAAGACCCACCCACCCCAGACUAGCAGACCACAGACAGAACACAGCAGACAGCACCAGACAGACUCAGGUCACAGCACCAGCAGAUCACACCAGACCACCACACACACAGCCAGCACAGGCACCAGCCAGACCACAGACACACACAGGACCAGGGCAGGGGACCACAGCAGGACAGACCAGACACCCCAUGGACUGCAGCACAAACACCGCAGCCCAGAAGAAGCAGGACUAGACAGACCAGACCAAGACAGCACCAGCCACAGCAAGACAACACCCAGACCAGGCAGACACACACAGACCGAAGCAGACACAGCCAAGACACCCAGAUCCCACAGGCCAGCAGCCAGUCAGCCCACCAAGGACACAGGCCACAGACAGUUCAGACAAGACUCACAAGGACCAGACAGACAGACACACAGCACCAGACCAGCAGGCCAGGCAGUAGCCCAGACACACAGCACCCACCCAGACUCGAGCAACCAAGACCCACAGCAGCACAGCCCCAGACCAGACAGGGCACAGGACCAGACAACAAGGCAGACCAACAGACAGGAGGCCACCAGGACACCAGCAGACCACAGACCCAGCACCCACACAGCCCAGACAGCAGACCCCAGGAACCCACACACAGGAACAGAGCACAGCAGACAGACAGACAGCACAGGCACCCACAGAAAGGACCAGGACCAGGACACAAAAAAAAAAAAAAAAAAAACAAAAAAAAAAAAAAAAAAAAAAAAAAAAAAAAAAAAAAAAACAAAACACAAAAAAAAACAAAAAAAAAAAAAAAAAAAAAAAAAAAAAAAAAAAAAAAAAAAAAAAAAAAAAAAA